AACAUCAAUAGAACGGAUUAGUUGAUAGUGAAAAAAAGUGUACCGAUCAGUUUUUUUGCCCUCGGUCGAGAUUCAUCCAGAUUAUUUGAUUUUUUUUUGGAGCCCAGCACCCGAAAAAGAGUCGUAAAGGAUCAUCGAUCUUCCUACAGACGGAUUUAUCAUCUCGUAAUCACGCACCUUACAGUAGCGAUUGAAAAGUGUGAGCAUCGAAAAUCGAAAGGCGAUUUUUUCGGAAAAAAAAAUCGUUACUUUAUUAAUAUAGCGCUGUCCCGGGCAAACGUCCUAUGCGGCGGAGUGCUAUGCGAUUGCGAUGAGUAAUAUCCGUCAACCAAACACGUCAAAUAUGGCAUCAAGCCCAACGAAUAGGUUCCGCAGUGGUCGUAACAUGCCAGCAUGGGUGACCGAAAGCAGCGACCGUGUUGGUCCACCUCCUCCACCGCCACCGAUCAACACCGAUCCUGAGUAUGAGGUCAUCGAUGUGGCAAAUCAACAGCAGUAUUCCAAUGCUCCUCCACCAGUACCGUUGAAAUCGCCAGACAUCAAACGUCUUACCGUGAUGAAGUGCGACCUGUGCGGCUCGGUUUCGCCCACCGUGCGUUGUGAGCAAUGCGAUCACAACCUGUUCUGUGCCUCCUGUGACGAUCGCUACCAUCGACAUCCGAAACGUCAAACGCACGUCAGAAAGCCCAUUGAUCCUCCACCGGUGGCGUCGUCGACGCCCAGUACGAUCAAGCCUCCGCUGCCACCGAAAGGUGACGCCGGAGCCGGUGGACCGUUGCCUCCGCCGAGAAGGACCAAACGGCCUGGGAGUUUCCACCUACCUAGCCCCAUGUUUGGACGCAAGCAGGACCAGCAGACAAUUCCCACGACAGUUCCACAAGGACAACCGGAACAUCAGCAACAGAAACCGCCUCCUCCACCGCCUAGCCCGGCGCUUUCCUUGCGGGAAAAGAUGAACUCCUUGAAGCGAUUCAUACAUCCCUCGAACAGGCCUCUGCCCGAUCCUCCGGAGAACAAAAUUCAUUCUUCCAACUCGUCUCUGGACACCGUUUCGAAGCGUUCGCCAUCCGUUGGCCCAUCGCGAUCCGUUUCGAGCACGAUGGAAAAAAUCCAGAACAACACAGCGGCCACCUUAGAUCGCAUGACACUGUUGCAGCAGCGCUACCGGCAGCACCAGGAGGCGAUGAAGUCCGAUGGAGAUCGCAGCAGGCGGGCAAGUCUUACUUCCAACACGGACCUCCAGUCAUCUGCUACCGAAUCAUCGAACAGCUUCCGUAGCAAGCCGUCAGGUUUUCAGCAACAGCAACAGCUUCAGCAUCAGCAGCAGUUUCAACCAGCGCCUCCGACGCAGCAUCUUCAAUCGAGGUGGAUGAAUCCGCCCGCACCCAGAAUACGAUCUGGAAGUGUUGCCUCCGGCAUAAAUUUGCUGUCCGUCCCGGGAACGUUGAACGGACAGGGCACUGGCUUUGCCGUUGAGCCGACUAAUCUAGGCAAUAGUAAUACACCGUCUAUCUCUCCUACCCAGCACUCGGAGUUUGGCGAUUCGAUGCCGAAUGCUCCGCGUAGCCUUAGCACGUCCGUAUUCAAUCUACAUCAGCCCCCGCAGCAGCAGCAGCCCAAUAUGUGGGGUUUUAACCCUAUUCACCAGGCUCAAUCAAUGGCACACUUCAACCCAAUGCAAUGGAACCAAAUGAAUCCCUGGAUGGCACGUGGCUCGCAGAACGGUUCCAACAUGAGCCUAAAUUUGCCGUCAGCUUCGCAGCAUGGCUAUCAUCACCCUCAAGAUCCGGCCGGAUAUCCGCCUGGCUGGAACGCAUGGGGAGGAAUGUAUCCCUACCCGAUGGGCAUGGGAGGCUAUCCUAUGAUGCCAGGUGUAGUUAUGCCUCCACCAAGAUCGCGCGCCAACUCCCGAUCACGAGCCGCAUCGCCAGCUUUGAGUAUCAAAUCACGCAAAUCCACCAUGUCGAUGCGAAAUCUGAACCGGAACAGCUUCGUUGAUGAUCUGACCGACGACGAGGACUCGGACGAUGCGUUCCAUCGUUCACGUGGACGCACUGGUGAUCGCCGGCGUCGGGAAAGGCUCAACUCGACCAGCAGCGUCGACUUCGAUGAGCCGGAACCGGCCCAAGCGUUCAUUCGGGCAUCGAGUGUUAAACAUUCACGUUUCAACCGCGAUCGUCGUGGUGGUGGAUCAUCAGCGCGAUCGCUUAUCGACUACCCAGUGACGAGAAAACCAACGGCUGCGUCAUCCACUCGCUACGAUCGAGAGGAAGUGACUCGCGAUCGUCUGGAGAAGAUGUCCCUCUCGACGUCUCGCAAAGUAACGUCAGACUCCUUUACGAAUGAGUCCGACGUCGAACCGGAAGGUCGUAGAGCUGCCUCGAAUCGAUCGCGAUCCGGCAACGAUAGUGUCAGUUCACCACGUAAGCUCAACUCUGACUCCAUGACAAACGAUUCGGAUGUGGAAUUCGAACGUAGACGACAAGCUAAACUGCGAGCAGCUCAGACAAACCUUGCAGCCUCACGGCGCAUUCCGUCCGAUUCACAAACGAACGAUUCCGAGCAGGAUCUAGAACGAAAUCGUCAGCAGAAAAGUAAAACGGCUCCACUUCCGGUACCUGCCAAGAAACCACUCCCCAGUUCGGACUCCGAUGGACGGGAGAAACAGCGAAAGAAGAGUGACACCAAAGUGAGUGCUAAACCUGUUGCGGUUGUCCCGAAAAGGAUCCCGUCUGAUUCGCAUACUCCCGACACGGAUGGUUCGGAUCAGCGAAGACGAUUCACCUCGAAGCAGCAGCGACAGCGCAAGCACUCGAGCACCGAGUUCAUCGCCAACGAUUCGGACGUAGAAGCCCCCGAAAAGGACAACAAACAGGUGCCUCAACAGCAGGUAGUCAACGGGUUGCUGGAAUUUCGAACCAUCUCUCCGAACAAAUCGGACUCUGACGAACAGCGUCACCUGAAAACGGUCGAGAUCAAGAACAUCAUAAAUGACACUCGUUCGGAGGUUGACAGUCAUGAAGGUCCUGAAGUCCUGGAGUACUCACCACCACCGCCAGCUCUCGUCGCACCGGAUCGCGAGUGGGAAUGCGAGUUCUGUACGUACGUCAACGAGGCCGGUGUAAAGAUUUGUGCCAUCUGCUGCAAAACGGUCACGCUGAGCGUCGCAAAUGGAGGAGCAAAACAGAAUACCGACGGACAUGCACGAUCACCUCCACCGGAUGUCGUGCAGGAGACACCCCAGGUGACAGAAGUCAAACUGCAGAUCGUACCGCCACAGAAACCAGCCAACGGUAAGCCCCAGGCGGAGAUGAAGAAGAAAGAUGUUGACGACGAGAUGGACACCGAGAUGGACCCGAUCGGAGGUGAGAUUGUCAGAUCAAAAAGUGACGACGACAGUACGCUCGAACGCACAAACGUCGAAAAUGAACCGACAAACUUUGACCAUAAUCGUGCCAACGAGGUCACACAGGUUGAGAAAAGGGUCGUGAAGGAAAAGGUCUCGACGGGGUGCGGACCAUCACCUCCAAGGGAGAUCGUAGAAGUUCCGCGCACGGUUGUCGACGGUGUUCGAUCUCAUCACAGGGCUUCGAUCGGCACAUCACCGCCACCUCAAGACAUGUCUACCCAGACAUACGAUUCGUUUGAGCAGGUGCGUCAAGAAACUGCCCCAAAAAUGCCCCCAGCUGAUAAUCUGGUAAGUGAAGACUCACAGGAACCUCCUCAACAACAUCAGAAAGACUCUCUACCAUCGACGACGCUGUACAAGCGAUCGUACUCUCUCGCUACACCUCAGAUGCUCGAAGUCGACCGACCUGCCAGCCGCAAUAGCAUCUCUAGCGACACACAGAGCCUUCCACCAUCACCACACGAACUGAGCCCUCAGCCUGGUCUGAAAAGCUCGUCACGAUACCACGCAAACCAAGCACUGAACCAAACGUCCCAUCCGAACCAAUCAUCCACAUCAUCCCUUCGCUAUGACCAGCAGCAGGACGAUAGCCUGUCUUACCUGGAUCGGGCCAUUCAUCAGAUCAUUCAAACGGCCAAUCAAGCCAUCGGUGCUGCCGGUCGAUCACCAACCAUCUCCGAAGGGAACAUGUACCGUACAUUUAACGAUCUGCGGCGUAUCGAUAAGAUUCAGCCGGCAAAGGUCGCAACUCUGCCGGCGAUCGCCGAAAAACUCCCUCCACAACAGCCAACGCGCGUAAAUACCAUGGACGAUCAGCAAGAUCCAGAAGAGAUCACGCAAAACGAGGACCGCUCUGAGGUGGUUCAAAGUCUCUUGACGACAAAGGAGGAACCAUCAGAGAUGACGCUUCUUUUACGGGAAGCAGAGCACUACAAAUUCACUGCCGAAGAGUUGCAGGCGGCUAUGAAUCAUUGUGGCGAGAAGCAUCCGGUGCAGUGGCUACGCGGUAACUGGAACAAGUUGAUCGAAACCGUCCAAACGUUGGCCACUAAGUACGGCCACGAGAAACGGGAGAAUAUUAUUGGCACCAUCUCGACUUCCGAGGCUAGAGAGGCAUUGCGGAUGCACAAGGGGAAUAUCUGGCGUGCGAUCACAGAGUGCAUUGAACAGAGGCAACGCAAGUACCACGAGAUCGCCUCGAAGGGUAACUUCACUCGCGAAGACAUCGUCACAAGCCUGACGGCGCAUCAUGGAAACCUCGAGCUAGCCAUGGUUGAGCUAAGCAAAACCCAGCUCAAGCCGUUCCUGAUGCGCAUCUGGGGUCCACCGAAUGGGGCCGAAAACGACAGCGGAAACUUGCUGUUGCAGCAAGCGCUACAAGAGGAUCGAAGUGGAAUCAGCAGUGAAAUUCAGGAGUUUAUUAGUGCCCACGUCGAACAGGAGUUACUUGGGGAAGGAACAUCGCAUCCAUCGGAACAGAGCAUGCAUGCAGAGGAUGGAGAUCAUGGAACGGCGAACACAACCAAACAAGCUAGUGUGCAGGAAGUCGAGCCGGAAAUACAGCAAAUUAUAGAGCCGGAGGAUACCGCUGAAUCGUCAAUGGUGGAAGAAGAACAACGCGAAGAGGUAUGUGAAGAGCAAACAAUGACUUCGUCCAGUACGGAAAUUCUGAAAGACAUCGAGGCCCUCAUCUCACAAAUGGAGCGAAGGCAAGAUACCUCCAAUGGGCCGGUUUUGCGGAACAUUCAGCAACUGCUGAGUCAGCUGGCCGUUAGUGAAAGGCCUCCAUCCGCCACAUCAGUGCGUUCCCAGUCGGAGGAAGGUGCCUCGCCGACAACGCCACCAACUCCCUCUGGUCAGAAGGCUAACGGCAAAGGUACUGCUUCCAAAACUAAAUCUGAAAGUAAAAAGAAAACCACCAGCCCAACAGCCACCACGGUCGAUUCCUCAGCUCGAAGACCGUCGAUCACGCGCAAAAAAUCCAUCGGUAGCCCAUUCGGACCGGUUCAAACGAACACGGUCAAGAAUAUGCAAAAAGAGUUCCUCAACAAAGCAAAGGAAACGCCUAAACCAAGCACCUCAAAAACGAUGAUCAAGCCAGCGAAGCUUGUGCAACCGAAGGCGUUUAGCGCCCGCACAUCGACAACUCCUCCUGGCACACCGAGCAAGGCAUCAACUCCGGCCUCGGAUGGUGCAAGCACAUCGACCAGAUCAACUCCAGGACCGAGCGAAGCUGCCGAGCCUGUUCCAGGUACCUCGCGCGAUACCACGUACAUGUGCGAGAAGUUACUCAAGAAGAAGUACCGUGAGACGUGCUUUAGCGAUGAGUACCAGACAUCGGAUGACGACGAUGAAAGCCGGAUGACGAUCACCGAAAGCGAGCGCACUAUUAUCAAGAGCCUGGUGAAACCAUACGAACCGAACAAUGAGCCACCUGAAGUUCAAGCGAAACAACUGCUAGACGACGGGCUGGUUCAAAAUCUCGCCCAAGCAGAACUUGCCGUGCAACUGAUCGAGCUUCGUUACGCUAAAGAUAAUGCUAUCUGGGCAGCCACACAAUGCCAUACGAUCGACGAGGCGAAGGAUCUUCUGCAAAAGGAGUGCGAGCUUUGUCUGGGCGUGUUCCCCAUGAACGAGAUCGUGUCGAUGCUAAAGUGUACCCACACGUGCUGUCUCGAGUGCACGAAGGAGUACUUCACGCAGGAGAUCACCAAUCGGUCGAUCACAAACUGCAACUGUCCGUACUGUAAGGAGCCGGAUUUGAAUGGACCGAACGUGACGGAGGACGACGUCCUCGAGUACUUCUCUAAUCUGGACAUCCUGCUGAAGAACAUCGUGGAUGAAGAGGUACACGAUUUGUUCCAGCGAAAGAUUCGUGACCGAACGUUGACGCAGGAUCCUCAUUUCAAAUGGUGCGUUCACUGUUCGAGUGGAUUUUUUGCCCGGCCUAAGCAGCGGAGACUCGCCUGCCCGGACUGUGGCUCAAUCACGUGUGCCACGUGUCGCAAACAGUGGGAAUCCCAACAUGAGGGGCUGACGUGUGAAAAGUUUGCCGAAUGGAAGGAAGCCAACGAUCCGGAACUGCAGGCAGAAGGAGUGCAGCGUCAUUUGCAAACGCACGGAAUCAGUUGCCCUAACUGCAAGUUCCGCUAUUCGUUGGCACGCGGUGGCUGUAUGCACUUCACCUGCACGCAGUGCAAAUUUGAAUUUUGCUACGGGUGCAACAAACCGUUCAUGAUGGGAGCGAAAUGUGGCGUGUCUCCGUACUGUGCUAAGCUCGGUUUACAUGCGCACCACCCAAGGAACUGCUUGUUUUAUCUGCGAGAUAAAGAGCCGAGAGAUCUGCAAAAUUUGCUGCUGAUGAACAAUGUUUCGUUUGACACCGAGCCCUCGGAACUGAUGAAGCAAGAACUAAUGAAUGGACAGAGCUCCAUCAUGAAAUGUCCCAUUCCACUGCAAAAGGAAACACCUGCCGGGCUGAUGGACAUGAUCUGCAGUUCGGAUGUUCCCGACAAGCAUGCGGGAUUGUGCAGAACCCAUUACGUUGAAUAUUUGGUCGGUACGGUAUCGAAAGCGCAGAUCGAUCCGCUACCGAUUCUGGAUCUAACCGAUUGUGUCCAAGAGUUACGCCGACGCGGCAUACAGCUCCCGGAACGGGGUCCUUGGGACACCGAUGAAAUUUACCGGGAAAUGUGCCAGAAGCUCGUCAAGGAGAAGAUUCCCCUCGAUAAUUGACGCUGAAGUAUUCUUCUGGUUUUGCGACAGUAAGCAGUUUGUCAACGGUUAGGAGAUUAUUUUAGCUUACACAUUUAUAUUUCUUGAGAAAGUAUCGGAAGAAGUGGUGACUUAUACUUAGUUUUUUAUUUUAUUUAACACAAUACACUUAAUAAACAU